AUGUCGACUCUCAAUAUGUUGCCGGAGCAAUCCGCCUUUGGUCGCUCCGAUGCUGUCAAUUCCGGCCCCUCCCCCUUUGCCCAUCCCAAUGCCUUCUCCGGGGACUUUCUCGGACUCCCCCUCCCCGACGAGGAGCAUCUCUGGGGCUUGAGUCCCAUCUCCCCCUCCAUGCCCUCGUGGAACGGCAAGACCGACCAGACCUUUACCAACCCCAACUUAGAACGGGACCUCAAACACUCCCACGUCCGGAAUGGACAACCAACCCCGCCGCCCUAUGGGGACAAGAAGACCCACUCCGUUGGGGAUCUGUAUUCGCUCUCCUCCCAGUGCCAGUUCCACGGCUCCGCUGCCUCGUCCUUCCCCACCCAUCACGGCGAGCGGCGAACCUACGGGGACCACACCGGCCUCGAUGGCCUCGACGGCCCCGGUGGCACUUCCAAGCGCCGCAAGACGACCCGCGAGGCCAAGAUGUCCCAGGCCGAGUACGACGAGCAGCAGCAGGAGAAGGCUAAGCGCGAGAAGUUCCUGGAGCGGAACCGCCUGGCCGCCAGCAAGUGCCGCCAGAAGAAGAAAGAGCACACGCAGCUGCUGGAGUCCCGGUACAAGGAGCAGUCCGACAAGAAGGAGCAGCUCGUCUCGGAGAUUGCCCGUCUGCGCUCGGAGAUCCUAGGGCUGAAGAAUGAGGUGCUGAAGCAUGCUCAGUGCGGUGACGAGCCCAUCAAGCUCCAUCUGGCACAGAUGGUCAAGAAGAUUACCUACAAUGACUCGGCCGCUCCGGAUCUGACCGAUGUCGCCGACGCCGCUUCCUCGUCGGACGGCCCAGUGACCCCCCGGCCCCCGCAGGCGCUAUCCUUCGGCUUCGACGAUCCUCUGCACCUGGAGCCGUCGCGGCCAGGUGAGUCUCUCGACCAACCUCUCCGUCGGGACUCGGAAGCAUCCGCCAUGACGGAGAACUCGUAUGCGUUUUCCGCCGACGACAGCUUUGACGACCUGAUCAAUGUUUGA